AUGUCCAAACCAGCGGCGGUUGGCAUCGACCUGGGUACGACCUACUCGUGCGUCGGGGUCUUUCAGAACGGGAAGGUCGAAAUUAUCGCCAACGAUCAAGGGAAUCGCACCAUGCCGAGCUACGUUGCGUUCACAGACACUGAGAGGUUAAUCGGCGAUUCCGCCAUGAAUCAAGUAGCAAUGAAUCCUACCAACACGAUCUUUGAUGCGAAGAGACUGAUUGGCAGACGCUACGAUGAUCCAUCAGUCCACUCCGACAUGAAACAUUGGCCGUUCGUCGUUGUUAAUGACGCUGGAAGGCCGAAAAUUCGCGUCCAGUACAAAGGCGAGGCGAAAUCUUUCUUUCCCGAGGAGAUCUCGUCGAUGGUUUUGACGAAAAUGAAGGAAACGGCGGAAGCUUAUUUAGGGAAGACCAUCACGAACGCCGUGAUUACGGUACCAGCGUACUUCAACGACUCUCAGCGUCAGGCUACCAAGGACGCUGGCACUAUCUCCGGCUUGAAUGUCCUGAGGAUCAUUAACGAGCCGACUGCCGCGGCUAUUGCUUACGGCCUCGACAAAAAGGGACGCGGUGAAAGGAACGUUCUGAUCUUCGAUCUCGGCGGCGGUACUUUCGACGUAUCGAUACUGACUAUCAACGAUGGCAUAUUCGAGGUUAAGGCAACAGCCGGUGACACCCACCUGGGAGGCGAGGACUUCGACAGUCGUAUGGUGACACACUUCGCGGAAGAGUUCUCGAAAAAGUUCAAGAAAGACCUGACGAAGAACAAGCGGGCGGUCCGUCGGCUGCGAACGGCGUGCGAGCGCGCGAAGAGAACCCUGUCGUCGUCGACGCAGGCGAACAUCGAAAUCGACUCGCUCCUCGAAGGGAUCGACUUUUACACGUCGAUCACCCGCGCCCGUUUCGAGGAGCUGAACCAAGAUCUCUUCAAGAACACAUUGCAGCCUGUCGAGGAGGCUCUGCGCGACGCCAAGAUGGAGAAAUCGCAGAUACACGAAAUAGUGCUCGUCGGAGGCUCAACCAGAAUCCCGCGGAUACAACGGCUUCUUCAGGAUUUGUUUAACGGAAAGGAGCUCAAUAAAUCGAUAAACGCGGACGAAGCUGUGGCUUACGGCGCGGCCGUGCAGGCGGCCAUAUUGCAGGGUGACAAUUCCGAGACGGUCCAGGACUUGCUGCUCCUGGACGUGACUCCGCUCUCCCUCGGCAUAGAAACGGCUGGCGGAGUGAUGACCGCUCUAAUCAAACGCAAUACCACGAUCCCGACCAAGCAGACGCAGACUUUCACUACCUAUUCGGAUAAUCAGUCGAGCGUUCUGAUCCAGGUGUACGAGGGCGAGAGGGCGAUGACCAAGGACAACAACCUCCUGGGAAAAUUCGAGCUUUCUGGGAUCCCGCCGGCAUUUCGCGGCAUACCUCAAAUUGAGGUGACCUUCGACAUCGACGCCAACGGUAUCCUAAACGUCUCAGCGAUCGAGAAGUCGACGUACAAGGAGAACAAGAUUACGAUAACCAACGACAAGGGUCGUCUCAGCAAGGAGGACAUAGAACGGAUGGUGCACGAGGCGGAAAGAUACCACACGGAGGACGAGUCGCAGAGAGACAGGAUCGUGGCGAAGAACAACCUCGAGUCCUAUUGCUACAAUAUGAAGAACGCCGUAGAGGAAGAGAAGAUCAAGAAGCAGAUCACGGAAAACGACCGGAAACGCAUCGCCGAUAAGUGCAACCACAUCAUUAAAUGGAUGGACAGCAACGAGACUGCUACGAAAGAGGAGUACGUUGCUCAGUUGAAAGAAGCCGAAAAGGUUUGCAGCCCACUCUUGAGACAGUUUGUCAGG